UGGAUAACCCUGAAGUACGUUAUUGUCCCUGUCUGGUUUCUAUUUCAAACAUUUUCAGGCAUCGUUCUGAUCUUUUUCGUAGUAAUAUGUAUGUUCGCCUUAUCUGAAUUUUGUACAAUCGAUCGAAACGAUGAUAUUAUUCUACUUAUUCUGGUUCUGACAACGAGUUCUCUCCAACGACUCUUAUUGUUAGUCGAAGUGAUAAAAUGACCGAGCAGUUUGCUUGAUUUUUCACGAACAUUUUGUUCAUUUCGUUGGAAUGGGAAGAACUCUCGAGUAUACUUUUGUGCGUGAUACGAAUAAGUACGUUGCGUUUUCGAUUCGAUGCAGAUAUUUGCAUGCCUGUUGAUUAAUUUUGAGUGAUCGACUUGAUUGAUUUUUUCGAUUAUUACGUUCAUUUUAUUCGCGUAUCGUUACCCUUUUUUAAACAUGGUUUUUUUCGCGUUAUAGGAGUUGAUUAAGUGGUCUUUGAGUGAGUUCGGUUUGACGGAAUAAGAAUUCAACGUUCCUGGAAGACCAUAUUUUGCGCGUGAACGAAGUCAUGAAGAGUUGAUAUUCUAAUCAGGCCUGUGCUCAAAUGGAAUUAGGAUAGUGUCAUUGAUUUCAUGGAUUUUAGAAAGUUAUACUGAUUCUGGACUGUCAUCUAUUUCAUUCAAUUCAUCUACUUCGUCAGAACGAUCUCAUGGAGACGUCCAGUCAGGAUGAUACCGUCAAUACGUAUCGCGUAUGGGAACAAUUCAGUAACCGUUUUGCCACCGUGUUUCCCGAAAAUCUCUCCAAUUUAUCAUUCACCGAUCGAAAACAAUGCUCUGCGAUCUUGGAUGAAAUUUUCAAAACAUGGCACCAGCACUGUAAACAUCUCAUACCAGCGGACAGACAUAGCGAAACUAGUUUGAAACUAUAUACAUCUUUCCAUUCGUGGCUGUUUGGCCAAUUCGUUCGUAUAUUUCUCUGCGAAUACUACGAAAACCGAACAAACGACAGUCAGGAAGCUCAACUCGCUUUGUUACUUUACAUUGCCUCGGAAAAUCCGUAUAUUUUCAAUUCCCUGAUACAGUUGUAUUUAAAGUUCCUGCAAUAUUUGUGUGAUGUCGCAUUCCAAGAAAACGCCGCCAAUGAUUCCGAUUUUUGUUGGUUCCAGUCUCCUGGUCAUAUGCCAAUCGUACUGGAUAAAGUUACUUUUCGAGUACAGAACUCGGAGAUCGUUGAACCGGUGGAUUUAUUGUUGAAAAUAUUCCGUUCGUUGGCGAGUUCCAUUUGCGAUAUGUGCGCCGCUUCGUUACAUCUGCUGUGGCGCUGUUGCGUCAAACUUGUUGCCAAUAAUGAUAUUAAUCGGUCACUUUGCUACCAAAUUCUAGUCAUUUUGGUCGAACAAGAUGAUUUGCCAGAUCACGAAGAUGAGUUUAAUCCGACGUUGAGUGAGUUACUUCUUCAUGUGAUGAAUGAUAUCGGUAAAUUAUGCCAGAAUGGGAAACUACGAGAAGAAGAUGAUUUCUGUUCGUUGCUGAAUAUUUUGAGCGAGUAUCUACGAUCGGAUACUUGUUACGAUGAUUCUUACAUUAACUAUAUUCAUUGUCUAAUUUUCCAAUGCCAAGUACCUUUGAAAGAAUCAACGGAGAACGCUUUGUUACGAUAUUACUCGAAAUUGUUACGUUUGUCGCCGAAUGAAACGAGUAUUAUGAAUAUGUCGACUGAAAGUAACCUGCAACCUAUUAGUAUCUCGUUGCUGGCGAUAACCUUGAAAAACAGUUUGGAAAAACAAUUCGAACAAACGUUGAAUAUCUCGAAUUUGGAAGUAUACCAGACAAACAAGAACUGGAGAUGUUUAAUCGAUCAAACCAAUAGUUAUAUUCAAGAUGUGGAAAGAAAACCCAACUCCGUCUCAGAUACGCAAUUGGUAGCGUUAUUCAAAGCUGUCCGAAAUGUUACCCACGACGCCAUGCAUAUCAGUCAUCGGUUCAACGUGAAUUUCACAUUCUUCGGCGGAGAAAUUUACUCGAUUAUUGGAGGUCUGGCCAGAAUAAUGGAGACGUGCAAAAAUACCAAAAUAAUGUACCAGUUACUCAUCGCCAUCGUUAGAGAUGUUUUAAUGUUACCAGAGACCGAACACGUCGAUAUCAACAACAAAACUCAUUUGUUGGCUUUAUUAACGCUGCCUUUACGAUCAUUCCAGUUUUCUACUCAUUUGCCAGCCACUUUACACGAUCGACUUUGGGAUCUGGUCGACGAUGAAAUCAAAGUCGACUGUAUUACUAGUCUGAUGCACGUUCGUCAGUUGGCUUCAGAUCAUAAAUACCUACUGUUCGACGAAUCGUUCGCUAUGCCUGGUCGUAAAGUAUUCGAAGCUUUUCCCGUAUUGAUACAUCACUUGACUGAUGACGAAUUGAGAUACUUUUUGGAGUACCUGGUCAACGCCGAUCCUCGAAGAUUAACCGAAUUAUCGCCGUUUAUUGAGAAAAUCGUGUGCGCUUUAGAUGGCCAUUGCAUUUUGACCAAAUUAUCCAGCGGCGAAGAUAUCGAAUUAUGUUGCAGAAUUUGCGACUCGAAGAACCUUAGUGAUUCGGUUAUUCCUGUGGUAUCUGAAUCGCGACGUCAGUACAUCAAUAGCUUGAUAUCUUCGAUCACGUUGGCCUCGGAUGAAGGUAAACUAAACGUGUUGAAAGGUGCUGUUCGAAUAUCCAAUCACGUAUGCGAAUCCAACUAUCAAGAUUUUCUCAAACUCUUACACGGUUUCUUUACCAGCGAACGAGCCGAAAUACGUGAAAAAAUCGUUCAAAUAACUCCGUACAUUUUAUUCAAAAACAUAAUCGAUUCAACUACCCCUGUCGAGUAUUCCGGUACGACUUUGAAUCACGAUCAGUUCGCCAGUUACGUUAAAAGCUUGCAAGAAGUACUCGUUACAGCUUUGUACAAUUGCGAUGCAGCGACGCAGUACGCCUGUAUUAAAAGUAUCGGUAAAAUAGGCGAUAUCCCGAUCGAGAUGACGUUAUACCCCUGCGUGAAUUUAUUAAUAACUGCGAUGAUGCUGGCUCCGAGCAAAUCUUCCCGUUUGGCUAAAUCAACCAUGGAGCAAAUCGCCAGAACUCAUGGUCGAGACGAAGAAAUCAUUUAUUUGAAAUAUCGAGAUAAUCUUUUCCCCCUCGUUACCCAUCUAAUCGUGGUAAAUUUAACAUCGUACGAAACGAACCUGUGCGAUUUACGUUUCGAUUACUCGACUGUGUUCAGUUCAGCUACGUUGCCUCAUAUUCUCAAGUACCUGUUGCCUGAAAUCGUCGUCUGGGAGUAUGCUCAAUGUAUCAUGGAGGAGUUGGCCGAAAUAUGCGACAUAUCGGUGAAAAAAAUGCUGCUUAACGGCGCUCCUUGUAUCUUUUCUCACGUCAUGUUAUCGAAAGAGCCGGACCAAGCUGUUAAGGUGUUUGAAUUAAUGGAACUCAAAACCGGCGUGAAGAUCUCAGAUAUGUUGAAAAGUUUCGUAGCCAAAGUGACCGCUGAUUUAUUGAUUCAUUACGAAGAUCAACGAGAUAAAGUUACCAGGUGUAUUUUAGCGUUUCGUAAACUACUGAGCUCGGAUUCCCUGCAAAGUAUUCGGUCGUCGGCGUCUGCCAAUAAAGAUAGAGUGAUCGCGCAAUUCGUAAAAGUACGAUUUUUCGGUAUUUUGAUGCGUUUAGAAGCUCAACUCAGAUCCGAAUCGAUACCGAGUAGAACCAGAAGACUGAUAAUUUCAUCGUUGAAGUACAUCAUCGAAUUGAUGGACCCCGAUUACGUUACGAAAGUUCGAUUCAAACUGUUAUUCACCUUACGUACGAUUACAGCCUCGGAAAAAGACGAAUAUCCGGUGCUCUGUGUCCACUUAUGGGAUACUUUCAUCAAACUCAUCGACAAAGAGGUUUUGGGACCUAUACUCAGUACUAUUUUCGUAUCAUUGAUACCUCUGGCCGAUAAAGAACGCAAUCGAGUGCACAAUUUGCUUCGAUCAUUAGUCGUCGAAAACGGAACCGUAGUCCAGCCUCAUUUAAACGACCUGUAUUUCGUAACGCCGGAUCAAUGCGACGAAGAAACAUUCCAGGCGAUCCAGACAGCCCAGAAAUUCGAUGAAAUGAGCUUAGAAGAGAAACUCAAACUAUUGACAAAAUUCAGCCAGCAUGAAAUCGUCGAAGUGAAGUUACACGCUUUGAAACGUCUGAAAAACGAGCUGUCCAAACAUCACGUGGAAAUCUCGCAAUUGAUAUUGGCCAGCGAUUCGGUGAGUUACUUGGUCCUGGAAAUACACCGGGUGUUACUCGAAGGAUUCAGAAACCCUGAUCCAAAUAUUCAAGAAGCUAUCGGCGUAUGCUUAGGUGAAUUCGGCGCCAUCGAUCCGAGUUAUAUUCCGAAUACGGCUAUGAAAGUAGACGACGCUAAGAAGUACACGUGUUGUCGUAUCGAUGAAACUCAAUUCGUCGUCGAUACGUUGAAAGUAUUAUGCAGAGGUUACCAAACAGCCGAAAAUAACUCGGUUAUGGAUACCUUCGCGUUAGCUAUUCAAACUACGCUGAAAUCGUACGAGGUGAAGGAUUCGAACGAGUGUACGUAUUGGUCUCAUAUACCGGACAAAUUACGCGAAAUAAUCCAUCCUUUCUUCACGACGACGUAUAUUUUAAUAUCGAACGAUUCCGAAUCCACCGAUAACAUCCCGCAUCUGAUUUACAGUCUGGAAGGCUGCACCAGUGUCCUAAAAUGGGCCAAUGGCUGGUCUAAUUUCCUCAUCUCGCUACUUCCGCGUGAUACUCGAGAAAUGCAAAUAUUUCAACAUUUCAAAGGCGUCAUCAGCAACGACAACGAAUGCAUGUUGUUCUUCCUUCCGUAUAUUCUGCUGAAAGCUGUCUCCUCCGCAUCCGAUGCGAAUCUAAUGAAAAUCUACGAUGAAAUGAUCUCGAUUAUCAGCGACGAUCGUCGACUUGGUCUGCAAGCUUCGAGCGAAGAAAAUUCGUCGACUCAGCUGGUAGUCAGCGAAGAAUUAUCGGUGAUGCGGAACGUCGUCGAGCAAAGCAUGGAGGUAAUCUGCGCCAAAACCGUAUUCCACUGUUUGGACGUACUGAAUAAAAAAUUUCGCGAUAUGAGACUCGCCUGCAAAGGAAACCCGACGCCGGAGUGCAGAAAACUCGAGAAAUUUUUAUCCAAGUUCUCGCCAGCUGAGAUGGCCGAAAAAUCAUUCAAACGUAAAGAGUAUACUCGCAGUUUACUCUACAUGGAAGAAAACCUGUUCCGGAAUCAGAAAAACCUCGACUCUAUGGAUAAAUAUUUAGCCACUAUGGCUAAAACUUUCGUCUAUUUGAACGACGUCGAUAAUGUCAAAGGGCUUUUCGCUCGCCAUAGCAUUAAAUUACGCCAACCUCAGCACGUUAUUUUACUACAUGAGAUCACCGAUCAGUUCCAAGAUGCUGCCAUCUGUUACGAGCAGUUGCUGAAAAAUAGCAACGAAAAAUGCAGCCAGGUUUACGAAACACGUAUGAUACGCGGAUACCUUAGCAUGAAUCAGCCCGAAAUGGCUUUACGAUUGGUCGAAAACCCUUCUGCGGCAGUAUUACGUAAACAUUCGUCCGAAAUGUACGAUGAUUUGAAAUGCGAAGCGUUAUGGAAUCUUUCCCAGUACGAUGAUCUGGAACGAGUCACGUCUACCGAGCGUGCUCGCCAAAAUGACGCUUGGGGCGUUCGAAUCGGUCAAUCGGUGGUGCACUUCUUGAAAAAUAGACCCGGUUUACUCGACGAAGAAUUAGCCAGGAUACGUAAAACGUUGGCGAAAUCGUUACAUCUGACUUCGGCCGGAUACGGAGGCUAUAAAGAAUGUUACGACGUAGCCAUCAAGUUACAUAUUUUAAACGAGUUCGAAAAAGUAUCCGAUCUCGUGUUCAAAACGCUCUCGACCUCGAAACCGAUCAGCGAAUGUCGUAUCAGCUUCGAAUCUCUGUUCAAAACCGAAUUCGAAGAACGCUUGAAUAAACUGCAACCUGUCAGCAGAGUUCUACAACCUGUGCUCAACAUAAGGCAAACGUUGUUCUCGGUAGCUCGUCGAUUAUCCGGCGAAAAACCCGAGUUGGUUGCCAUGUUCAACGAAGAAAUACGUAAAUGCUGGCUGAAAGUGGUUGAGAUCGCUAAUCGAACGAGAAACUUCCAGCUCGCCUACUCGAAUAUCUUGGCCAUCGAUAAUUACCAACUGAAAGGGUUCUUCAUCGAAAAAGCUAAAUACUAUUGGGAGAAAAUGGAACAACGAGAAGCAUUACGAACGUUAGAAGACGGUAUCGCCUUCCAUUACCCCGAUUACGAGGAAAUGGCUCGUCUUAAAUCUAUCGAGAAUACCGAAGAUCGUAUAAUCUGCGCCGAAGCGAUGCUGCUGAUUGGUACGUACAACGAUACGAUGGUCAAUACAGAUCUGGACACGAAUCUGCAGUAUUUUAGAAAAGCUCACCAAUUAUACCCCGAAAGCGAAAAAAUCCUGGUCAAGUUGGCUCAAUAUCUGGACAAAAUCACCAGCUCGAUUCCACUGGAGGAACGAUACCGUUCUAAGGACAGCUUUUGCGUCGAAAUGGUCAGGUACUACGGGAAUUCUCUGGAAUAUGGCUGCGAAUUCAUCUACCAAUCGCUAUCGCGUAUGAUAAACGUUUGGUUAGAUUACGCCACAGCCCUAUAUCAGGAUAAAGCUCAACGCAUACCUAUAGACGAGAGAAGACAAGCUUGGACCGAUUUAACCGUGCUAAUUAAUAAGUUCAUUGGCAGAAUACCGACGUAUUACUUCUGCACCGCGUUCUCCCUCAUCAUGUCUCGUUUAUCGCAUACGGUCGAUGUCUGUUUCAAUAAACUAUCCCAGAUCAUCGUCAAAUGCCUGAAAGCCUAUCCGAACCAAAUGCUGUGGCAAUUCAUGUCGUUGCAUGGAUCGAAAAACGCCACUUUGCGCAAAAGAUUCCAAUCGAUAAUCAACGCCGAGCAGCUGAAUCAAAUGACGCCGAUUAUAAUGAAAUUUCAACAAGUCUUCGAACAGUUCAGCAAACUAUGUUCGGCCAGCCGAGUUGGUAAUAUGGCCUGCGGCGCGACAUCGCUGAAAACCCUACUUCGUAGGCAAUCGCUGCCUUUGCUGACUCAAUUCGAUAACGAUAUCAUGAUACCGGCUCAAAAAUUUCUCAACAUAGUUCUACCUCGAUCAUCCGCAUCGCUGGAGAAAACCUCCUCGUAUAAUCCCUUCCCCGAAACGAUGGUCUACAUAAGUCGCAUCAAAGACGAAGUGCUCAUAUACAGCUCGCUUCAGAAACCUAUCCGAGUGACGUUCGUGGGCACCGACGGCAAAGACUACGUGAUGAUUUUCAAAGCCUACGACGAUAUGCGAAUCGACUGUCGAGUCGUCGAGUUCAACUCGGUCGUCAACAUGUACCUGAAAAGAGACGUCGAAGCAAGAGACAGAGCGUUGCGUAUCCGCACCUAUACAGUUCUACCUUUACUCGACAGUACCGGUGUUAUCGAAUUCAUACCCGGAUUAGUGAGCAUGCGUACCAUCAACACGCAAAUCCGAAGAUCCUUCGGAAUGUCCAACAUAGCAACCAAAACGUACGAAUGCGCGUUACACGAUUCCUUCGAAAAGAAACGCGAAGUUUUUCAAACGCUGGUGCAACUGCAUCCUCCUUUCUUGCACGAAUGGUUCAGGCAAGAAUUCCCAAAUCCUACGUCUUGGUACACAGCUCGUACCUCGUACAUUAGAUCAUUGGCUGUUAUGUCAAUGGUAGGAUACACCUUAGGCUUGGGUGAUCGUCAUAACGAUAACAUACUCCUAGAUGCGAACUCGGGUGACGUCAUACAUGUCGACUUGAACGUCAUAUUUAAUUUCGGCGAAAAUCUCACGUGGCCGGAAAGAGUACCAUUCCGCUUAACUCACAGUAUGAUCAAAGCAAUGGGACUCCUUGGCUACGACGGUAGUUUCCAAUGUACCUGCGAAAUAGUCAACAGAAUAUUACGCGAAAGAAAAGAGCAGUUGAUCUCUAUUCUGCAUAUGUUCCUUUACGAUCCACCUGAUCCGCGUAGAGAACAGAAACCAGAAUAUAAUCCGCAAAAUAGUAUCAAAAAAGUCGAAUCUAGGCUCAACGGAUGCGUUACAGCGUACAAACAACCUCCCUCUAUACCGCUUUCGGUCGAAGGUCAGACUAGAAAGUUGAUCGAAGAAGCUACCAGUGAGCAUAACCUUUGUCAAAUGUUUAUCGGUUGGAGUGCGUUUAUUUGAAAUACCUUUCGCCUUUAUUUCUUUCCUCGAAUGGUUCAAAUGAUUGAGAAUUAUUACGUUUAUUAGUAUUAUAGUUAUUUUAGAGUUUAAUUUGAAUUUUAUGUUUUAAUUUUCGUACUUAUUCUAAUUGCAAAGAAAUUCGAAAUUUUUAAAAGUGUUUUCUAUUGCGAACGAUGAGUUUAAUUUUCAAAAUGUGAUUUUUUUGUUGAGAAUAAAAUUUUGUUCUUUUUC